UGGGGGGGGGGGGUGGGGGAAAGAAGCGAGAUCAACUGGAGCGGCGGCAGCGGAGAGACCAGAGAGCGAGAGAGUGCGCGGGGGAGAAGGUCUGUUUGUUGUAUGCUGCCCCUCUGACACUAACGUAAACAUAAGGUAAAGAUGGGGCGGCGGCGGCGGCGGAGUGGCGGUGCAGCCCCAGCGCAGCGGAAUGUGAGGCCGGUGCCCGAGAUCUGGAAUUAGGAUGUGGGCGUCAAUGGAAAAGCUGGCAUCUUCCCAUCCCUAGUUGUCUUGAGAAGGUGGUGUUGAGCCACUUUCUUGAUUCGAGUGAUGUUCUAGGCCAUUUCAGCGGGCAAUUAAGAGUUGGUAUGGAACUGGAAUCACAUAUAGGCCAGACCAGACUCCAAUCCAACAUUAAAAACUGGUGCAGGGUGUGAGCAACAAUGACUGAAUAUGGAAUAAAGUGGGCCUGUGAAUACUGCACAUAUGAAAACUGGCCCUCUGCAAUCAAAUGCACCAUGUGUCGUGCGCCAAGACCUAAUGGCACUAUAAUUACUGAAGAUCCAAUCAGGGGCAGCUCAAGUGAUUUGAAUCAAGAUUGGGAUACCACAAGUAUAGAAGGUGGCAGCAGCCCUCUGAUUUGUCCAGACUCUAGUGCUAGACCAAGGGUUAAAUCAUCCUACAAUUCAGAAGGUGCAAGCAAGUGGUCAUGCCACAUGUGUACUUACCUGAAUUGGCCAAGAGCAAUAAGAUGCACUCAGUGUUUGUCCCAACGUCGGACUAGAAGUCCUACGGAGUCCCCCCAGUCAUCUGGUUGUAUUUCAAGACCAGUUCAGGCUUCUCAGGACCCAUGUGAAGAAUAUAAUGACAGAAACAGACUGAACACAAAAGCACUGCAUUGGACAUGCACAGCUUGCACGUAUGAGAACUGUCCUAAGUCUCGAAAAUGUGUAGUCUGUGACUAUCCUAGACCUAAUAAUUUGGAAGCAAUUGAAUUUGCAGAGCCAGAGGAAGCUUCAUCAUUGAUAAAUGAGCAGGACAGGGCUCGAUGGAGGAGCAGUGGCAGUGGUGGCAAUAGUCAGAGGAGAUCUCCUCCUAUACCUAAACGUGAAUCUGCCAUGAAAAUGGACUUUCAGAGAAUUGAGCUGGCACCUGGGGCUGUAGGCAGUAAAGAAGAGCUGGAAGUGGACUUUAAAAGACUCAAACAAAUAAAGAACAGAAUGAAAAGAUCAGAUUGGCUCUUUCUCAAUGCUUGCGUUGAUUCCUGCGUGGCUUUCAACCCUCUCCGAGGUUUCUGCACUGACCUCUCAAACAUCUUUGAUGUUAAUUGCUCCUGCAUUGGUGGCCAAGGAGUAGUAGAAGGGGAUCUGGCUGCAGUAGAAGCUUACAAGUCAUCUGGAAGUGACAUUGCUCGGCAACUUGUAUCAGAUGAAGUUCGCCUGUUGAAUCGUCCUUCAGCUUUUGAUGUAGGUUACACCCUUGUACACCUUGCUAUCCGUUUUCAGAGACAGGACAUGUUGGCAAUUUUGUUGACAGAGGUGUCUCAACAAGCUGCCAAGUGUAUACCUGCUAUGGUAUGCCCAGAGCUCACUGAACAGAUACGUCGUGAGAUAGCUGCAUCCCUCCAUCAACGCAAGGGAGACUUUGCCUGUUACUUCCUCACUGAUCUGGUGACGUUCACAUUACCUGCAGAUGUUGAGGACCUGCCACCAUCAGUGCAGGAAAAAUUGUUUGAUGAGGUGCUUGAUCGGGAUGUACAGAAAGAAUUAGAGGAAGAAUCUCCCAUUAUAAAUUGGUCCUUGGAACUAGGAACCCGCCUGGAUAGCCGACUUUAUGCUCUCUGGAAUCGCACAGCAGGUGACUGCCUGCUUGACUCGGUGCUACAAGCAACAUGGGGUAUUUAUGACAAAGAUUCAGUUCUGCGGAAAGCUCUUCAUGACAGCUUGCAUGACUGCUCACAUUGGUUUUAUAUUCGCUGGAAAGAAUGGGAAUCUUGGUACUCUCAGAGCUUUGGGUUGCAUUUCUCACUGCGAGAGGAGCAAUGGCAGGAGGAUUGGGCUUUCAUUCUCUCCCUUGCAAGCCAGCCUGGAGCCAGUCUAGAGCAGACCCACAUCUUCGUUUUAGCCCACAUUCUUCGCCGACCAAUUAUAGUCUAUGGAGUGAAGUACUACAAGAGUUUUCGUGGUGAGACUCUAGGGUAUACACGAUUUCAAGGUGUGUACUUGCCUUUGCUAUGGGAGCAGAGUUUCUGUUGGAAAAGCCCUAUAGCUCUGGGGUAUACAAGGGGCCAUUUUUCUGCACUGGUCGCUAUGGAAAAUGUUGGCUAUGACAAUCGAGGUGCUGGCGCCAACCUAAAUACAGAUGAUGAUGUCAACAUUACCUUCUUGCCACUGGUGGACAGUGAGAGGAAGCUAUUGCACAUUCACUUCCUUUCGGCUCAUGAGAUCGGCAACGAGGACCAGCAGGAGAAGCUACUAAGAGAAUGGCUUGACUGUUGUGUCACUGAGGGCGGAGUUCUUGUUGCACAGCAAAGGAGCUCCCGUCGGCGCAACCAUCCAUUGGUUACACAAAUGGUGGAGAAAUGGUUGGAUCGUUAUCGGCAGAUACGACCAUGUACUUCUCUUUCAGAUGGUGAGGAAGAUGAGGAGGAGGAUGAUGAAUGAUGCUAGGUAUCUGAUGGAGUCAUGGGCAUUACUUUGCUGAGAAGCCUGCAGAUUGGACUCUUCUGGUUUGUCGUGCAUCAUGGAAAGUUUGGAUACCAAAUAGAAGUCACGUUUGAGGUCUGAUCUUUGGCAACAAAAAAGGCUGAUGUGUUUUGCCAUGUUGAAAUCAGAACUGGCGUGGUUGGACAACAAUAAACUAUGAAUGCUAAAUUUACUUUAAUAUUAAGAGAAAAGGCUUUUUUUCCCCUCCCCCCCCCCCCCCAAAUUGUACAUCCUUAGCUAUAAAUGUACUGCAUGUGGUUGUGUAAGAACUGUGUAACAGGGAAAGAACUAUACCAGCAUCUAAAAAUAAUUGAAUUUAUAUCGGUUUCCUAGCAAGGGCACUUAAAUCUCCUCGUUUCCGAUUCCGGUUUGUUCCUUCUAGAUUUAUUUUAUUAUAGCCGUUUACAGUCUAUAGUCAAUGUUUUCAAAAUACUUGUGCAUGUGUUCUUUUGAGAGAGAAUUUUAUGCCAAAUUGUUUUGCUGAGGGACAGAUGACAGGUUGUGUACUGGGGUUUGAAGAAUAAGGGGCAUCAUGGAUGGCAAAAACCAUCAUGAGAACAAGUGCAUGGGUAUUCUCUAAAAAAUGCAUUAGGAUUGAAUACUAUAAUCAAGUAAAAUCUCUAAGGAACAAAAUAGAGAUGUUGGGUUAUGUUUGGAAAGUGUUCACCAAAGUAUUGUCUUUGUUUCUGAUUUUUUUAAAAGAAACUGUUACUCUAUAUAGUAUGGAGUCGGCAAAUUAUUGUUUUCGAGUUUGCAGAGGUCAUACAUGUUCUCAUCUCUUCACUAAUGUUCACUACUACAAAUCUAGUUUAGACCCUGAACUCUGGCAGUAAUUCUAUUCUGAUAAGCCUAUUUAUUUAAAGUGACCUGGAGACAUGAGGUACUUUUUCCCCAUAAAAUUAAGUUCAGAACCAAUUGUGUGGAUUUUGUUGAUUGUUUACUCAACCCCGAUGAAGAAUUUCAUGUUGCACAAAUACAUACUCUUGCUGUGAAAAUGUUGCUGAAUGUGCUGUUGACUUUUUUUUGUCUAUGCAAAUGCUGUGCACCACUGCUAAGCCAAAGGUUUCGACUUAACAACGUUAUAAUUUUGCAGUUGCAUGUGUCUCACUGAAAUUUUAUAGUUCUAUUCAGUACACUUUUGAACUUGACAAGAAAUACUUUUAUCUUGGUAACAUUCUAGGCAUUUUAUGCAAAUUGAGUUUUCUUUGUAAUCCCUAAUGUUCAGUACUUGUCACGUCAGCAGCUAGACAAAUUAAACUACAUUGAUGUGAAAGAUUUAGAUGAGUUAUUUUCUGAAGAAAACUGCAAUUUUUUGUUUCAAAAGAUAAAAUUGGAAAUGUAAGCAAAGUGUACAUUAGGCUCAAAGUAAUUCCAAAAUUGAGAGUGAGAUUUUUUAAAAAUGUUUUGAGAGUUAUUCAAGACACCACCUUGGGUUUGAGUUUUAAUUCCUCACGUAGCUUUGAGGUAUUAGUGCAUAAUGUAACUCUUUGAAUUGAGAUACACCAUGUAUUUGUUCUCAGGCAUGCACUUGACCUCCCUGUUUAACUGUUAUGCAUUAAUAUUUUCUCACGUUGAGACCUAUGUACACCCACAAUAUCUUCAGGUGAUGCAUCCAUGUAAAAUUUUAAGCACAAGAUUGGUGAGGAUAACUGGAUUGCAAAUGCAAUAUGAGAAAUGCCCUUUAUAGGCAUGAUUUUAUAAUUUGUGUUUUCAUUUUUUAAUAAUGGAAUAUAAUGUGCAUUGGGGAAUCACUGAAUAUUAAAAAGAAAUUCAUCUGAACCAG